AUGCUGCUGGGGCUGGGGAAUGUGCCCACACUGGAGACUCCACUCUUCUUCCUAGCACUCAUCACCUAUUCCAUGAGCAUUAUAGGGAACAUCCUCAUCGUUGUUUUGGUGGUGUCACAGCGGCAUCUGCACACCCCCAUGUACUUCCUGGGCAAUCUGUCUUCCUUGGAGACCUGCUACAGCUGCACCAUCUUGCCCCAGCUGCUGGCCAGCUUCCUGACUGGGGACAAGGCAAUUUCUGCUCAUGGAUGUGUGGCUCAGCUCUAUUUCUUUGGCUCUUUUGCAGGUACUGAGUGUCACCUGCUGGCGGCCAUGUCCUAUGAUCAGUACUUGGCCAUAUGCCAGCCCCUGCUCUAUGCAAGCCUCAUGACCUGGAAGGUCUGUCUUCAGCUGGUGGCUGCAUCUUGGCUAGUGGGUAUGCUGGUGUCUGCAGUAGUCACAGUGUUCUUAUCCCAGCUGAAGUUCUGUGGCCCCAAGACAAUUGACCACUUCUUUUGUGACCUUACUCCUCUGCUGGAGCUUUCCUGCAGUGACACCAGCAUGGUCACACUCCCGUCCAUCAUCCUGUCUUUCCUGAGUGUUGUCUUCCACUUCCUGUUCAUGCUGGCCUCCUAUGUGUACAUCAUAGCUGCCAUCCUGAGGAUCCUGUCCAGCGUGGGCAGGGAGAAGGCCUUCUCCACCUGCUCCUCCCACCUCACCGUCGUCACCACUUUCUACUGCACCCUCCUCAUUGUCUACGUGCUGCCCAGAACAGCCCUGCUGAGGCAGCUCAACAAAGUGUUUUCCUUUUUUUACACUGUCCUCACACCCCUGGUCAACCCUCUCAUCUACAGCCUGAGGAACAGGGAGGUCAGGGAUGCCCUGAGGAAAGCCCUCAGGAAAGCCAAGGCCUGCACCCAGGGUGCACAAUGA